ACAUGCACACAGUAACAUAACUGCAGAGCAUUCUGAAAUCUGAACCCGACUUUGUGCGCCGACAGUGGCCACUUCCUGCGCCGACCAACAUUGCGUUGGAAGCAACUGCAAUGCAAGAAUAAUCAAGAUCACGGGAGAUCGAAUUCUGUAGCAGUCUAGCAGAAACACUGCACUGCAAGGAAUACUGUAGCUCGACAAAUGUAUACUAUCAAUCCGUAAAACCCAAUGCAACUCGUCGUUUUUCGAAAGGCCGAAUCAACACCAACCUCCCCACGUGUUCUCCUCGUGUAAACCCAGUAGAAUAUCAGGUGGUGAAUGCUCAAAUGGAGCCGCUGCAAAGAUGUCACUGUUUGUCGAGAGAGAAAGAGAGAGAGGAAUGGAUGGGAGGAGCACGCCGUCGGCAAUGGUGCGCAUCGUGUCGAGGCGAACGGUGAAGCCGCCGGCCCGGCCGCGCGAGCGCAUCCCGCUGACCACCUGGGACGUCGCCAUGUUCUCCGCAAACUACAUCCAGAAGGGCCUCCUCUUCCCACCGCCCGCCGCCGCGCUCUCCACCGCUGACCUCGUCCAACGCCUCGCCGCCGUCCUCGCCGCCACGCUGGCGGACUACUACCCCGUAGCCGGCCGCUUCGUCACGGAUAAGCACCUCGACGGCGACGGCGCCGUCGUCGGCUGCUCGGUCUCCGUCGACUGCGGCGGACAAGGCGUCGAGAUCGUCCACGCCGUUGCCGACGGCGUCUCCGUCGCCGACGUCCCGGCCGUCGUCCAGUCCUUGUUCCCGCUCGACGGCGCCGUCAACUACGACGGCCACGACCUCCCGCUCUUCGUCGCCCAGGUCACCGAGCUCGCCGAUGGUGCCGUCGUCCUCGGCUUCGCGUCUAACCACGCGCUCUCUGACGGCACCGCCUUCUGGAACUUCCUCAACGCGUGGGCCGAGGUCGCGCGCUCCGGGUCCAGGUCCAGCCACGUGUCGUCCCGCCGGCGCCCCAUGUUCGAGCGCUGGUCCCCUGACGGUGGACCCGCGGCGCCAUUCGUGCUGCCGUGCGUCGACGUGGCAGAGCUCAUCGAAAGGCCGCCGCCGCCACCACUGUGCGAUCUCAUGGUCCACUUCUCGGCGGAUUCGCUGGCGGAGCUCAAGGAGCGCGCCCGGCAAGAGCUCCUGGCCGCUGGGGACGCGGCAGGCGCAGCCGCACUAACGCGGUUCCAGGCGCUGACAUCGCUUCUCUGGCGGUGCAUCACCCGCGCCCGGCGGCUGGCGCCGGAGAAACAGACGGUGUGCAACGCGGCCUGCGACAACCGCGGGCGGCUCCGGCCGGCGCUCCCCGCGGAGUACUUCGGCAACGUCGUCUGCUCAGUGAGCACGGAGCCGGCGCGCGCGAAGGAGCUGCUGGCGCGCGGCGGGCACGGGUGGGCGGCGGCCGCCGUGGGGCGCGCGGUGGCGGCGCAGACGGACGCGGCCGCCAGGGCGCUCGCGGCGGCGUGGGCGGAGAAGCCGGUGAUGUACAACAUGGGCUGGUUCGACCCUUGCGCGACGCUGAUGGGGAGCUCGCCGCGGUUCGACAUGUACGGCUGCGACUUUGGGUUGGGGAAGCCGUUGGCGGUGCAGAGCGGCAGGGCCAAUAAGGUUGACGGGAAGACGUCGCUGUACCCUGGCCGGGAAGGGGGUGGCAGCAUGGAUGCGGAGGUCACGCUGGCGCCCGACCACAUGGCGGCGCUGCAGCUGGACCAAGAGUUCUGGGCCGCCGUAUCACCGUCCCCGGAGGGGAAAGCUUGACCGUAGUACUGCUCUGCCUCUUGGCUUGUUUCCUUUCAAUUGUUUCAACAUCUUUGUUAAUUUGCUUAAGGAGAGCUUAAGCUUAGCCCAAUAAUAUGCAUGUGCGCUGCUACUGGCUACUGCUGCAUACUGCCUCUAUGAUUAAUUCUCGUCUUGGAACCACGAGAACGAACGCUUCAUCCUUGUGAGUUGUGACAAGAAAUUUGCUGACAUUUGAGGCUUUGACACCUUAAAAGUUGUUUUAUCAUUGAA